AAGUGACCAUCUCUCGCGAUAUUUCCUUGUUUCCAGACUCCUUAGCGCGAGACGGAAAAGUACUCAUUUAUCUCAGCUUCUGUUGACUAGCGCAUUUUGCACUGUGGCUUCUUCGCUUGGCCUCCCCGUUGCUGUUUCUCCGAGGGAAAUGGCGGCCCCCGAGCAGCCGCUACCAAUGUCGAGAGGAUGCCAGAGCUCUAUUUCGCUUUCUCCGCCGCGGGGUGACCGAACCCUUCUAGUGAGGCACCUGCCAGCAGAGCUGACCGCUGAGGAGAAAGAGGACUUGCUGAAGUAUUUUGGGGCACAGUCGGUGCGCGUCCUGUCAGAUAAGGGGCGACUGAAACAUACAGCUUUUGCUACUUUCCCUAAUGAAAAAGCAGCUAUAAAGGCAUUGACAAGACUCCAUCAGCUGAAACUUUUAGGUCAUACUUUAGUUGUUGAAUUUGCAAAAGAGCAAGAUCAGGUUCAUUCACCAUGUCCCUCUUCAGGCACGGAAAAAAAGAAAAGGUCUGAUGACCCUGUGGAAGAUGAUAAAGAAAAGAAAGAACUUGGUUGUUUAACUAUAGAAAAUGGAAUUGCACCAAACCAUGGGCUGACGUUUCCUCUAAAUUCAUGCCUCAAGUAUAUGUACCCACCACCUUCAAGCACAAUCCUAGCAAACAUAGUAAAUGCUUUGGCAAGUGUGCCUAAGUUCUAUGUACAGGUGCUUCAUCUUAUGAAUAAAAUGAAUUUACCCACACCUUUUGGACCAAUUACUGCACGACCUCCCAUGUAUGAAGACUAUAUGCCAUUGCAUGCACCUCUCCCACCUGCAUCUCCUCAGCCACCAGAAGAACCUCCUUUGCCAGAUGAGGAUGAGGAAUUAUCUAGUAAAGAAUCAGAAUACGAAAGCAGUGAUGAUGAAGACCGACAGAGAAUGACCAAACUAAUGGAACUAGCAAAUCUUCAGCCUAAAAGACCAAAAACAAUAAAGCAGCGCCGUGUGAGAAAAAAGCAAAAAAUAAAGGAUAUGCUGAAUACACCUUCAUCUGUUUCACACAGCAGUUUACAUCCAGUGCUGUUACCUUCGGAUGUUUUUGAUCAACCACAACCUGUAGGUAAUAAAAAAAUUGAAUUUCACAUAUCUACUGACAUGCCAGCUGCAUUUAAGAAAGAUCUAGAAAAGGAGCAAAAUUUUGAAGAACAAAAUUGUGAUUUACCUGCUACUGAAAUCGAUGCAUCCAGUAUAGGAUUUGGAAAAAUCUUCCCAAAACCUAAUUUGAACAUCGCAGAGGAAAGUAAAGAAGACUCUGAUGAAAUGCCAUCAGAAUGUAUUUCUAGAAGGGAGUUGGAAAAGGGCAGAAUUUCUAGAGAAGAAAUGGAAACACUUUCGGUUUUCAGAAGUUAUGAACCUGGUGAACCAAACUGUAGAAUUUAUGUAAAGAAUUUAGCUAAACAUGUUCAAGAAAAGGACCUUAAAUUUAUUUUUGGAAGAUAUGUUGACUUUUCAUCAGAAACAGAACGGAUAAUGUUUGAUAUACGCUUGAUGAAAGAAGGUCGCAUGAAAGGACAAGCUUUCGUUGGACUUCCAAAUGAAAAAGCAGCAGCAAAAGCCUUAAAGGAAGCUAAUGGAUAUGUUCUUUUUGGAAAACCUAUGGUGGUUCAGUUUGCUCGAUCUGCUAGACCAAAACAAGAUUCUAAAGAAGGAAAAAGAAAGUGUUAAAAAUUAGUAAGGUUCCUUUCGAAUUCCAUAUCUUCCAAGUGUGUUCCACCUUUGAGGAGAAGAAAUUGGCAACCUGGACUAUGGAACUGUGCGUAACAGCUUUUAAAGUGUAUUUAAAAAUUAAAUCUAUAUGCACUUAAAUUAGUUUAUCGGAGAUAUAUUAUGUGUAUUUUAAUCAUCUUCCUCAUAUAUAAUAAAUUAUUUUCUAUCCAAUAAAA